AUGGCCUCAGCGACUCCUGUACAGGAAAUCCAAGAGGAAACCAAAUGUCCCAUCUGCCUGGAAUAUCUGACGGACCCAGUGACCAUACACUGUGGGCACAACUUCUGCCGAGGCUGCAUCACUCGGCACUGUGAGACAUGGACAGAACUGGGCUCUGCCCUUUUGUGCUGCCCCAGCUGCAGAGCCCGAAUCCCAAAAGGGUCUCUCCGGAAUAACUAUCAGCUAGCAAAUAUAGUGGAAAAAAUCAGACAACUGCAUUUCAAACCAGGAAAUGAGACUCUGUGUGAGAGACACAGCAAAGCCCUGGAUCUGUUCUGUGAAGAGGACGGGGAAGCCAUGUGUGUGAUUUGUGAGAGAUCCCCCCAGCACAGAUCUCACAUGGUGCUUCUCAUGGAGGAGGCUGCCCAGAAAUACAAGGAAAAAAUCCAGGCCCAUUUGAAGACGAGGGAAGAGAGAGAAAAGCUCCUGGAAUCUAAAGUGACUGGGAAGGGGGAAAGUCAGUAUUUGAAACAGAUAGAAAAGAAGAGGCAGCAAAUUGUGGCUGAAUUUCAGCAACUGCACCAAUUCCUGGAGGAACAAGAGCAGCUUCUGCUGGCCCAGCUGGAAAAGCUGGAGAAGGAGAUAACAAAGAUACAGGAUGAAAAUAUCACCAAAGUCUCAGAGGAGAUUUCCUGUCUCAGCAAGCUGAUCAGUGAGCUGGAGGGCAAGUGUCAGAAGCCAGCGAGUGAAUUUCUGCAGGACAUCAGAAGCACCUUGUCCAGGUGUGAGAAGGGGAAGUUCCAGCAGCCAGAGGAGAUUUCUCCUGAACUGGAAAAGAGACUCAGUGAUUUUUCCCAGAAAACUGUUGCUCUCAUGGAAACUCUGAGGAAGUUCAAAGACACUCUGCCGUCUGCACUGGAGAGAAAAAGGAGGGAACCCCUAGGAGCACACAGACUGGUGAAUGUGACUCUGGAUCCAGGCACGGCUCAUCCUGAACUCGUCCUGUUUCGGGAUGGGAAAAGUGUGACACAGGGAGACACGCGGCAACGACUGCCCAACAACCCUGAGAGAUUUGACACUGAGCUCUGUGUGCUGGGCUGUGAGGGAUUCACCUCGGGGAGACACUGCUGGGAGGUGGAGGUGGGGGAUGGGGAAUGCUGGGCUGUGGGGGUGGCCAGAGAGUCUGUGGGGAGGAAGGGAGAGAUCAGCCGUAGCCCUGAGGGGGGGAUCUGGGCUGUGCAGCGCUGGGAGGAUCAGUUCCAGGCUCUGACCUCCCCUGAGACCCCCCUGCCCCUGCCCCGGGCCCCCAGCAGGAUCCGGGUUUGUCUGGACUGUGACCGGGGGCAGGUGACAUUUAUCGAUGCUGGUGACGAGGCCCCGAUCUUCACUUUCCCGCCGGGCUCCGUCCCUGGGGGGAGAAUCCGACCCUGGAUCUGGGUGGGGCCAGGAUCCCGGCUCAGCCUGUGUCCCUGAGACACACAGCAGAGGUGGGGACCGGAAAUCAGCCUCUCUAGCCUCACACAUCCUCGUCUCUAUGACCUUGGAGGACUCCCAUCUACCCAGCCCCUGGCCCCCAUCUCUAUGGCUGCUGGAAGCUCCUCCCCCUCCCUCUCUGCAGUCCCAGGGAUGGGAGGGGAAGGGGAAUGAAGAAC